AACGUCGGGACGCCUUGGAACCUGUCAGCUGAUGUGCAUCAAGAUGCAAUUACGGUUUCGUCGUGAGCUUUGACAGUAUAUUUUGUUUGUUGCAAUAUAUAUACAUAUAUAUAUUAUCAUUACUCGCAAAAUCUUAUUGUUUAUUUUGAAUGUUAUUUUAUUGUCAGUGCAUACUGUGUAGUAAAGUGUUUUUUAAAUAAGGUUAUUAGAAUUGGAUCAAUAAAGGAUUUUAUACAAGCUUGAAAGGUUUAUAAUACAAGAGAGCUAAGAUGUCAUUAAGUGCAGAUAUAUCCACGGCCCUUCACUUGCUCGAGCAUAUUCAAGAACGUGUAGAGGAUUGCGAUGAUCCUAAAUUGCGAAUGUAUACCACCCAAGAUCUCCAAUCGAUGAUAUCCUUAUUGGAAGAUCCUGUAUUCCGAAGUAUAGUUACAAUACAAGAUUCUUUGCUCGAAUUAAAUAGUCAACUAGGACAACAUCCUUCUAUUCUUCCUGGAGAUUUUGAUAUUAAUAUCAGUGGGCAUUUAGAACUUUCGGUUCCAAAUACUCCUGUGCAACCCUUAGGACCAAUUACGUAUCAAGAUUUAUAUCCGGAUAGUAGUGAAUUGGACGAUCAAAGAGUUCCUAUUGCUCCAUUGUUACAUAGCAGCAGCGAAGACACCAGUGCACAGGUUACAAGUCCUAGUCUGGUUUCAGAAGUUAUGGGAAUGCCACCUAUAACGACCCCAACCUACGCCAAAGAGUUCAAAAAGGUGAUAGAGGCUGCUGCGAGAGGACGUCAAAUAUGCACAGUGCAGUUAUACAAACCAGAAGGCACUAGUUUAGGAUUCAGCGUGGUUGGUCUCCGCAGUAAAGACAAGGGCGAGCUUGGUAUAUUUUUACAAGAAAUUCAACCAAACGGUAUUGCAGGCUGCGAUGGUCGUUUGUUAGAGGGUGAUCAAAUCCUUGCGAUAGAUGGUCAACCAUUGGAUUCAAAUAUUUCACACGAGCAAGCAAUUUCGAUUCUUCAGAAAGCUCGCGGUUUGGUCGAGUUGGUAGUGGCAAGAAGCAACCAAGACGUUGGGAAUUCUUUGCCGACGGAUGAAUUGUCCGGAGGUUCGAGUUCAACAGCGGCCGCAGGAGGAGCAGCAGCUGUUGGAGGAGCUGCCAUCAUCGGUGCUGGUGUUGGUGUUGUUGCUGUUGGUGGUGGUGUUAGUGGUGUUAGUGGUGCCUGUCUUGUUGGAAACAACGGAAACAAUAACAACAACAAUAAUAAUAUUAAUAAUAAUAUUAACAACAAUAAUAUCAACAACAACAACAUCAACAACAACAACGUUAACAACAAUAAUCAAAUUGGUUCGGAUAAAGAUCAAUCGGUGUCAGUAUCGUCAAUUGUUACACCAAUACCAACACCUAAAUCCAGUCAACCUAACAGUACAACUUCUGCAACAACACCUACGCCAACACCUACACCUAUACCUACACCUAGUUCAACACCUGUACCACCAACCACUGGCACCGGUCACGGAGGCCUCGUCAUCGAAAGAAGCCCUUCCGCUGUCAGCGACGCCUCCAGGAGUGGCCCUGACAUGGUGCUGAACACGGAAUGGGCACAAGUAGAAGUGAUAAACCUUAUCAAUGAUGGCAGCGGUCUUGGAUUUGGGAUUAUCGGAGGCCGUAGCACAGGCGUCGUCGUCAAGACCAUUCUUCCUGGAGGCGUUGCCGAUCGGGAUAAUCGGCUCCAAAGCGGGGACCAUAUACUCCAAAUCGGGGAUGUCAAUCUACGAGGAAUGGGAAGCGAACAGGUUGCAGCUGUUUUACGACAAUCAGGAACACACGUGCGUCUCGUUGUCGCAAGACCAGUUGAACCAACUUCUCCAGAUUUUCAGGCAAUUGGAAGUCAUGCACCAAUCGUCCCAACGAAGAUCCUUGGUGACCCAGACGAAUUGGAAAGAUACCUGGUCCACAGUGCACCUGAGACCUACAACAUACGACACGUACAGGGUGGUGAUGCCAGUUACGACAACGGGUAUAUGUAUUCGCAGGAGUCCGACGCAAGAACCAGUCUCAUCAUGGAUGUGGUACCCAGACGCAACCCCGUACCAAUUGGAGCGAUGCCAGUUAUACCAACGAUACCACCGGUACAAAUUCCUGAACUACCGGUCCUCAGCAUGGAGGCCAUCGAUGUUAAUUCACUGCCAGAAAUGGAGCGUUUCACCGUCGAGCUUAAGAAGGAUAUUUACGGCCUUGGGAUCACUAUAGCCGGCUACGUUUGCGAGAAGGAGGAACUUUCGGGCAUCUUUGUCAAGAGUAUAAGCGAGGGUAGCGCGGCAGACUUAAGUAAUAAGAUACAAAUAAACGAUAGGAUAGUCGAGGUGGAUGGUCAUUCUCUACAGGGUUAUUCGAAUCAUGAGGCUGUUGAAGUUCUUCGAAGUACCGGGCAGAUCGUUAAACUCUGCUUGGAAAGAUAUUUACGUGGACCAAAGUACGAACAACUUCAACAAGCGAUUGCUGCUAGCGAACUGAGAUUACCCCAACCAAGUUCUCCAUCUAUAACGAGCCUACCAAGUUUUCCGAUAAGUGCAGAUGGCGAGACUACUACCGAGAUAGAACCUGAAGGUGAAUCGCAUACGACCGUUGACAGUGCAAUACUUCAAGAAGCAGAUCAUGAAAGUACAACGGAAGAAUUCGAUGAAGCUACCAACGUUGAAGCUCUUCUAAGCGAUCCUUCCAGCGAAUUAACACCGCAAAUUCGUGCAGCAAUUAAAUCCAAAUGGCAAAAGAUUGUAGGACCUGAUACUGAGAUAGUGGUAGCACAAUUGAAGAAAUUUGCAGAGGGUAGUGGUCUUGGUAUUAGUUUAGAAGGUACAGUUGACGUUGAGAAUGGUCAAGAAGUGAGGCCUCAUCAUUACAUUCGUUCGAUUCUACCUGAAGGUCCUGUCGGUAAAAAUGGUACCUUACGAUCUGGGGAUGAAUUGUUGGAAGUAAAUGGUUAUCGUUUGCUCGGGAUAAAUCACAUGGAAGUAGUUAGCGUUUUAAAAGAAUUGCCUAUACACGUUCGUAUGGUUUGCGGAAGAAAUGUGGCCUCCCAGGAUCCGUUGUGUCCUAUUGACACUGCUCAACAUCAAGCAGCAUUUCAGACCAGAAGUAUUCUCGGUGGAUCCCUUCAAAAUCUUCUACCAACAACGGAUCGACUGGUAAAGGCGAAAUCUGAUGGAUCCUUGGCUUCAACUACAACAACCGCAACCGUGACUGACGCUAGCUUGAACAAAAUGAAGUCACGAUCAUUGGAGCCAUUGACGGGCUUAGCUAUGUGGAGUUCAGAGCCGCAAAUUAUCGAGCUGGUUAAAGGAGAGAGGGGCCUUGGGUUCUCCAUUUUGGAUUAUCAGGAUCCAAUGAACCCCAACGAAACUGUGAUAGUAAUAAGAUCACUCGUUCCUGGUGGUGUGGCUCAAGUCGAUGGUAAACUUAUACCGGGUGAUCGUCUUCUGUUCGUGAACGAUAUUGCUUUAGAGAAUGCUACUCUCGACCAAGCUGUGCAGGCCCUUAAAGGUGCACCCAAAGGAACCGUACGCAUAGGAGUGGCCAAGCCGUUACCAAUACCAGAUAGUAUCGUACAGAGGGUACCACCGAUCUGUACGGUCCGACGCAGUCGAAGUUUCCCGAACGAUGAGAGUGAAACAACCGAUCGUGCUGCAGAUUUUGAAGAUUUCUUAUCAUCCAGAUCAGGUGUGACCGGUGUUUCAACGGAGCAGCAGCAAGAAAGAAAGGAAGACGAUAAUCAAAGAUCUCAGAAACAACAUCAGCAAGAUCAGCUGAAACGUGACGAAAAACAAGAAAAUGAAGAACAGGAAGAAGAAGAAGAAUCAGUAAAAUGUGCGUUGGUGUUGAGUGUGGAGGAGAAGGAGGAGGAGGAGGAGGAGGAAGAAGAAGAAGAGGAUCAUUGGAAAGAUGCAUCACCGUUAACCCCAAUUUGUAGUCCUACGAUGAAAAAACAAUUAAAAAUUACAUCAAAGAAAAAAGAAGAAGAAGAAGAAGAAAUGGAUUAUACUUCAAGAAAAUUGUACACACGUACACUUCCAGCGAAAGAAGAGGAAGAUGAACAUGAGGAGGAGGAGGAGGAGGUGAUCAUACCAUCUGCUGCUUUUGUUGCUGAGACUAUAUCGAUGAUUAAAAAGAAAGAUAGAAAAGAAAUUGAUGAGAUUUCAGACGUGAUAACAAGAAUCGAACAACAAGCUGCACCUAAAGUUAAGUUAAAGAAGAAAAAGGAAGAAGAAGAAGAUGAUGAUGAUGAUGAUGUUAAAACAAAAGAUGGAAUUGCUAUAAAAGAAAAGAUACAUAAAGAUAAGGAUAAAAGUAUUGAUUUAUCUGAUAUGUCGUCAACGUUGAGAAAAAAAAUAAUACCAUCAGAUGACAAAGAUACGAGUUAUAAUAAUUUAGAGUCAAGGCCACAACCAUCAUCAUCACAACAACAAGAACAACAGCAACAACUGGUAGCCUCGAGUGAAACGUUGGAUAAAUCUGAAGAAUCGUCGGAUAAAAUUUUCAAGAAAAGAAUAAGAAGUGAGAAAGAUGAUGAUGGUGGUCAUGGUGGUGGUUCUUCUGGUGUUAAAAGAAGAUCAAAGAGGAGAUGUGACGUUGGAGAGAGGGAUAGAAGAUCUAAAGAUGAGGAAGAUAGAAAAAUGAGUAGUAGGAGAAGGUCCAGGGAGGAGAGGAAAAGUUUAAAAGAACAGGAAUGCAUUGAGAGGGUCACUCAGUAUCUUAGCAAGCAUAGAUCGUUAACAACAUUUACCGAUCCUUAUUCUUAUUCGACAUUUGACGAGGACAGUUCGUUGUUACGCAGUUUGGACGACGAAAGGAAGAAACGAAUUGAACGUGAAGCUGCUGAUAAAUUAAAAGAACAAGAAGACAAGGAUGAAGAAUUAAAAUUUGAAGAAGAAAUAAUCGACGAAUUUAGAGAAAUAGAACAAGAAAAAGAUAAAACUAGUACAAAACACGAACACUGUAAAUUGAUUAAAACAAUUGGUGACGAACAAAUGAUAAGUGGUGUACAUUUAUCGGUGGAUUCUAUUAAUUUUCGAGUGUUAGAUACUAGAGGAUUAUCAGCGGAAUAUUUAAAUAGAUCAUUAAAAACUUCAAUAUCCGAUACGGAAGUAAUGAAAGCUGCUACUGAUACUACUACUACUACUACUAUUAAACCAAGAGCAAGUUCGUUGAGAAAAAGGAAAGUUACUGUUUCAAGUGAAUCUUCGAAAGAAUCUCUUUUGGAAGAAUCUAAGAAAGAAGUUAGAAUAAGGGAAACUGUACAAGAGAUAUUUUUCGAGGAUAAUAAUGAUCAAUUGUGUUCUAAUUAUCAAUUACCGGAAGUACAAUUGGUCAAAGCUAGGAUAAUUACUGCAGAAGAAGCAACACUCGUUAGAUUGGAAAAUACCGAUGUGAAUAAAGUUGAAGUUUGUUCACCUGCCGAAAUUAUUGUCGUUAAACAACCAGACGAUAUUUCGCAAAUGGUUGUUGAAAUUAAUAAAAAAAAAAGAUUUCAACUUCAAUUACCAACGUUGGGUAAAUCAACGUCGGAAAAUAAAUUGACGGAUGACGGUGAGGAUGAAUUGGACGAUAACAAAGUUUCGGAAAGAAACAUUAAACCUGAAAUACUUUUGGAUCUAUCCAAAGUAUCGGAAUUAGUUGAUGAUACUGUUACCAAGACUGACAAAGAUAAGGAUAAUAAAGAUAAAAAGUUACUCAGUAGGACAGGUAGUGAAGGUUCAAAGAGAGGAUUUACCGGUGCGAAAAGUAAAUUCCUUGAUCAACAACGUGUAAUUGCACCUAUUAAGGUUGUUAGUGUACUAUCAUUGCCUAGUGAACCGGAACCGGAACUUACAACUUUGCCAAAGGACCAUAUAGUGAUUCAAAAGGAACAUUAUGAAUUAGGAGACGACAAAUCAAUCAACGAGUUCGCUAAUAAUGAAUCAAGAUUACAAGAACGUCCAGACGACCAGGAGGAUAAAAAACAACAACAAUCCCAACAACAACAGCAGCAAGAACAACAACAGGAAUUAAAGAAAGAAGAAGAAGAAGUCAAAUUAGAAGACGUUAUCAAGGAUAAAAAGGAAGAGUUAGGUGUAAAGGAUUAUGAAGAAAUCCUCCAGCAGCAGGAGGAACUUCUUCUGCUGGAGGAAGAUGAAAUAAUCAAUUGUCAAGAGGAAGAUAAUUUGAUAAGUAAAGAACAUUCUUUGGAAUAUCAAAGUCAAACUUUGGAAAGUCAAUUGGAAUCAAUUGUACCACCAUCAUCACCAUCACCACCACCAGUUGUAUCGGAACAACCACCAGUUGUAUCAGAACAACCACCAGUUGUAUCAGAACAACCACCAGUUGUAUCAGCACCACCACCACCGGUUGUACCAAGGAAUUUCUUUAAAUCUGUACCGGACAGUUGGAAACGUGAGGUUUGUGAGGACAGUUUUGAAGAUAUACAACGUAGUUACAAAGAAACGCAAUAUUCGCCACGAGAAAAACGUGAAGUUGAAACACAAACAAUACAAGAGACCAAAAGUACACAGUGUAGUCCCGAUCAAAGUUUAUCGAGUACCACAACUGCUGAGAUAUUCGAGACCGCCGGUUUUCACGUGGCAUUGAGAUUUUAUCAAAGUCCUAAGAGAGAAGUACAAACUCAAACACAAGGUGAAAGUAAAAGCGUUCAAUGUUCAUUGGACGAUUUUAUUUACAACAACGAAUUAUCGUUGGAUCCUAAUCGUAGUUUCGUUCAAAAAACUAAGGACAAUUUGUUUCUCGUUAAAUCGGAUAGAAUACAAAUUCAAGAAUCUAAAUCUAUUCAGUGUAUACCGGGUGAUAUAUUAUUAUCAACUGAAACACCGUCCAAAUUUGUAGAAGAUAAAGAAGACGACGAACGAGAAAAACAAACAAGUAAAAAGAAAACAAAGAAAGAAGAAGAAGAAACUUUUAGUCCACGUAAAGAAGUUGAAGUUCAAACUUAUCAAGAAUCCAAAGCAAUUCAAUGUACCGAUGAAGAAUUCUCAUCUUACGAAUCACCACAACAACAACGUCAAUUAGAAAGAUCAUCUACGAGUAGACCAAUUACCCUAACAACAACAACAACAACAACAACAACAAUCACUACUGGUAUUAAAAAAGCCGAAACUUCGGUUUCACCGUCACGUAAAUUAACAACUGUUGUAUUCGUCGAGGGUAAAACGAUCAUGACGGUCACGCAAAGAGAUCACGAUGGUAACGUUGCAUGGUCAAAUCAUUGGGGUCCUGAAAGGCUCGUCGAAAUUUAUAGGGAACCCAAAACAAGUUUAGGACUUAGCAUCGUUGGUGGGAAGGUCGACUUACACAAUGGCAGCUCCAGUAAGUCGCAGAAUAUUUCUGGGAUAUUUAUUAAGAACGUUUUGCCUAAUAGUCCUGCUGGAAGAACUGGAGACUUAAAGAUCGGUGACAGAAUAAUCGAAGUGGACGGAGUGGAUCUGCGAAAUAGUACACACGAACGAGCGGUCGAGGUCAUUCAAGCUGCCGGAAAUCCUGUCUGCCUCCUCGUCCAAUCUCUGGUGCAUCUGACUACCGAGAACGAAAGUCAUUCGCAAGAUGGAAAAAGUAAAAAUCGGUUGCCAGUUUCUGGUGUAGCUCCAGGUACACCCACUGCAUCAUUUCGACAAAAACCUUCACCGAUUUCACCUGCCAGAUCAAUCACGCCGGAAGUAAUUCAGAGUGGAAUUGAAGAUAGUGAGAAAACUCCAUCGAGGGAUUUUAAAAGGCAAAGUAUAAGAAGCACAGAUGGCGCUGGUCCUAGCGCAAGAAGAUCCUCCAUGAAAAAAUCAAUACGUAAAAAGGCGCCAUCGCCGCCAUCGAAUCCAGGAAUACUUCGUGAAGUUAGUGAAGAACGAGAUGAUCAUGUUGCACCACCUCAACAGGUGCAAAAACCUCCUACGAAGAAAUAUUCUUCGGAGGAGAGUUCUGAAGAAGAGGAUAUUCGUGAAUUGGAGGGUAAUGUUUAUACGAAGGGGGGAAUGGAGAUAUCCAGAAAGAGUGCUGCCAACGUGAAAAGAACGAAAGCUGAGAUAGAUGCUGAUCCAGAAGAAGAAGAUGAAUAUGGAUACACCGGCAUGAAAAUACAAAAGAAAUAUCAUAAUCUGGGUCACAAGGUGUUAAUGGUGAAAGUAGAAAAGGAACGGGGUAGUUUAGGUAUAUCACUUGCCGGACACAAGGAUAGAAAUCGAAUGGCUGUUUUCAUUUGUGGAAUUAAUCCAAAUGGUGCUGCUCAUAAAGUUGGUGGUCUUGCAGUUGGUGAUGAAAUACUCGAAGUGAAUGGUAUGGUAUUUAAAGGAAGAUGUCAUUUAAACGCUUCAGCCUUGAUAAAGGGUAUGGCUGGUACAUGUUUUAAAAUCAUCGUUCAUCGGAAAACACAAGGUGCUGAUGAUGUCGCAGUAAAACCAUUGAUUUCAUUUCCACCAAUUUUGGAUGAGAGCGAGCAAUUUAGUGGAUACAAAGGGGUCCGUGUUGUUCCAGUAAAAAAGGGACAAUACGGUCUUGGCAUAAUGAUCAUCGAGGGUAAGCACGCCGAAGUUGGCCAAGGAAUAUUCGUCUCUGAUAUUCAAGAAGGCAGUGCUGCUGAACAGGCCGGUUUGCAAGUAGGUGAUUUGAUUCUUGCCGUUAACAUGGAUUGUCUACUUGGUUCAACUUAUGACGAGGCUACGAGUCUCUUGAAGAAGGCCGAGGGCGUAGUCAAGUUGACCGUUUGUAAUCCGAAUCAAAGUAAAAUUGGUCAGGAUGGUAAAGAAAUCAAAUCUCCCGAAUCAGAAGUUAAACCAGUGGAAAAGAAAGAGCCAGAAAAACCUAAAGAACCAGAACCACCACAGGAUCCAAAAGAUUGUAAAAUACAAGUUAAUAAGGACACUACGAUAGAAUUUCAGAAAGAAAAAGACAAAGGAAUUGGUUUUACUAUAACUGGUGGUAGCGACACACCUAUGGGUGGCGUAUUUAUUCUCGAAGUAUUUCCGGAUGGGGCAGCUGGAAAAGAUGGCAGAUUGCAAGCUGGGGAUCAAAUUCUUGAUAUAUGUCAAGAAAGUUUCAAAUCUAUAGAACAUGAACAAGCUCAUACAGCAGUAAUGAAAGUUACGGGAACAAUAGUCAUGGUGGUACAUAGAAGUGAUAAACCAUCGGAAGAAUUGGAAGUUGAAUUGCAAAAGAAAUCAGGAAAAGGAGCUGGUCUCUGUUUGACCGGAUUUAAAAGUGGCAAGGGUGCUUACGUCUCAGAUCUGUUACCUGGUGGUAGUGCUUUAGAAAGUGGAAAAAUAUGCAAAGGUGAUCGAGUAGUUGCCAUUUGCGGACAAGAUGUUCGUGAAGCACCUGUAGAGGAUAUAGCAGUUCACAUCAAAGUUUCUAAUCCGGUGCAACUCAAAUUGGCCAGGUACAAGUCCGCUAAGCAAUGACAGGGUUCUGCGGGCGGAACUCUAAAAUCGUAUAAGAAAGAAAUAAAAAGGAGAAUAAUUCACCGACAACGUGGAUAAUACUAGUGUGAUAUAAUAUAUAACAAAAAAUAUAACAUAUAUAUAUAUAUAUCUAUUCUUAAAAAGCUAAUAAGCUAAUUUUGAAUGACAAAAAUAUAGGAUAUUUAAACUAAUAAUAAGUUAAUUAGGAUUCCGGGCGAUUUUUCUCCUUUUUUUUUUUAUUUUUCUUUUUGUUUUUUUUUUUCUUUUUUCCAAAAGUAACACGAUCAACAACAAACGAUAAACAUAACCACAAGUAACGAACAUAACAAAUAAAAAAUACAUUCAUAUCAUCCAAAAGGGAUCGUUUGUUUGAUCACUCAGCUGAUUUAUAAGAAAAAAAAA